ACAUCACAUGUUUACUUGUUUACUUUUUGAUCAACUUAGUUAACAAUGAGAUGGUCUGGACUAAUAUAUAUAGUUGCCGCUGUUUUUACCAACUUAGUUUAACUGCGGAGGUUGCUAGCAGCCCUGCAGGAGUGCCAAACCCAUCUCUGAGGACUUCAGAGCUUUCGUUCGGUUUUCCGUCCGCUGCCCCCAGUAGAAGCCGCCCCCGGCCGUGUCCGCCUUCGUUCGCCCGCCGCAGAAACCUUCUAACUCCCCCGACAGCAUAGAAUGGUAGAAAGUGAACCUCCUUCAAAAAACAAGCAAGAUUGUGAUGUAAAGGACGAGCGCGUUGUAAACGGCUGCGGAUCCAAAGAUCUUGAGCUUGCAAACCUCGCGACACUCAAAGACCUCAACAAACUCCCAGUGGAUGUCGAGAAGGGAUCAUCCGACAAAGCUGACUUCGAGCGCGCCAUCGAGCUAACCGGAUAUGGAAAAUUUCACUACAUUCUAUUAGCAGUAUGCGGCUUCGUGAGCACCUCGGAGGAGAUGGACGUCAUCUCGAUGUCGUUCAUUCUCCCCUCAGCGCAAUGCGACUUAAACCUCAGCACCCAGAGCAAGGGCUGGCUCAACUCCAUCAUCUUCAUCGGGAUGAUGGCAGGGGCCUACGCCUGGGGCUCGGUGGCCGACGCGCUGGGCCGUAAGAAGGUGCUCAUCGCGAUCUCUUUCAUGAACGCUCUGUGCAUCGUGGCUUCGAGCUUCAGCCAGAACUAUGAGCUGUUCAUGCUUUUCCGAUUUCUAAAUGGGGCGGCACUAGGGGGCAGCGGACCAGUCAUCUGGUCGUACUUUGCAGAAUUCCAGCCUAAGUCCAAAAGGGGCUCCAUGUUGUCCUUCAUGGCGGCAUUCUGGACUUUGGGCAACUUAUUCGUGGCAGGCCUGGCCUGGCUCGUUAUACCAACAGGUAUUGGCUUCUAUUACGAAAGCUUUACCUACAACUCCUGGCGGAUAUUUCUCCUGAUUUGUGCAAUACCAUCACUAAUUGUCGCAAUCUUACUCUUCUUCUUGCCCGAAAGUCCGAAAUUUCUGCUCUCACGGGGGCGAAGCGAGGAAGCAAUCGAAAUUUUCAAAAUCAUCUAUUCGACCAACACAGGACGGGACAAGGAGGAAUAUCCAGUCAAGCAACUUAUACUUGAUGAACUAUUAGAACAACAACUCAUCGAUACCAAAACGCCCCUCAAGGGGAAAUACAAAAACAUGAUAAGUGAUAUUAUAGAAAAUAGCAAGCUACUUUUCGUCACACCUAUACUCAAGUUCACCGUCAUUUCGAUCACAAUCAACUUCACUUUCCACAUUGGUUAUUACGGUUUGAUGAUGUGGUUCCCCGAACUGUUCAACCGUUUUGACGAAUACGCCGUGAAACACCCGAACCAGAGCGCCUCCGUCUGCGAAGUCACCUCUUUCGUCACCGAGCACGGGAGCCAACAAGACGGAAGCAUCUGUUCGGACGAAAUUGGAAGUUCGGUCUUUUUGGAGUCUCUGAUCACAGUUGCGUCCGCAAUCCCAAGCAAUAUAAUAGCAGUGCUGUUUAUGGAUCUUCUCGGCCGUAAAUUUUUCUUAGUAUUCAGCACAGUGACCUCCGGGCUUUGUGCAGCUUCGAUGUAUUUCGUUUACAACAAACUCCACAAUUUGGUCGUCUCAGCGGUGUUCAGCAGCGUGAUAUCCUGCGGUAACGCAGCUCUGGAUUGCCUUAUCACUGAAAUAUUCCCGACGAAUCUCAGGGCUACCGGUGUGGCUGUUUCAAUGGUGGCAGCUCGACUUGGUGGUAUAAUUGGUAAUUUAGUUAUUGCUAACUUACUAGAUAAGUAUUGUCCCGCACCAACAUUUAUCGUAGCAGCAUUAUUGAUAGGGGGAGGCCUUCUCUGCCUCUUUUUGCCAAACACAACACGUGAACCUUUAUCUUAACACACAAUAUCCCAACUUAGUUCAAUCGCAGACUAGUUUGUUCGUAUGUUAAUUAUUGCCAUUGUAGGUUCAGAGUAGGUAUUGUCUGUCAUAUUAUGUUAGUAUUAUAGAUUCUUAGAUUGUUAGAUUCAUGUCUUACUCAUAUUUGCAAUGUAAGUAAAAGAAAUAAAAAACAGCAAAACAA